GUAAUAUUGUCGUUCGCGAGUUUUCGUUUGAUGCAAUUCGCGGUGAGGUGGUACUUGUUUGGUAAAUGCACAUUCCGUACGUUCUCAUACUUCGGUUGGCGACAGAAUUUGACGGCGAAUGAACGUGACAACGAAGUGGAUAUGCGAAACAGCCAAUCACUUCUGGUUGUUCCACCGAAUAAGAAGUGGCGUAUUUCGAACGAAGCAGUCUCACUGAUUCACUCAGUCGUAUCUGGCUCAUGGGCUCUCUACACAUGUCUCGUAUAUCCUCAACUUUUCGAUGAUAUGAUCAUCUUUUGGAAUAGUUUCGCCCACUAUUUGUUAGAUCCAUCCACCAAUUUGCUAACAACAAAUAAUAACUUUUCAGCCGUAGUUGUGUGUGGACUGUUGAUGGAGUUAAAUAGUAUAUUUCUGCAUUCUCGUUCUUUACUGAAUCUUUAUGGUGUUGCGAAAACAUCGACCGCAUUCCGUAUAAUUGCACUCAUUAACAUUAUCACAUUCGCACUGUUUCGCAUGGUUAUCAGUGCUUAUCUGCUCUACUGGCAGAUCACGAGUGCAUGGUCUAGUCAAUUGUUUUUGGGAUAUUCAAUCAUCGCACUUAUUAUCAUCUUAUCACUUGGAUCCACUAACACAAUCCUUUGUUAUCGGUUAUAUUUUUAUCCAUUUAUCAUUAUUAGAACUCUUAUGGAAUGA